AUGAACUACAUACUUACCUCUACUACAACUACCGAGAGAUCCGCACCUACUAUUACCACUACUGCUACUACUACCUCUAUUAUGUCUCAGCCGAUUGUUCCGGUCGACACCACGGCCAACAAACCGCCGAGGAAGCGCAAUGUGAUUACACGCGGGAGGACGGGUUGUUUGACUUGUCGGAAGAGGAGAUUGAAGUGUGAUGAGAAUAAGCCCGGGUGCAAUAAUUGCAGGCGUAUCAAGGCUGUGUGUGAAGGCUACAACCAGAAGAUCACCUUCAAAGACCAGACGAACUUGACUGUCGAAAAAGUCAAAAAGGCUGCUAGGAAGAAGGCACAGGCGUCGAAUACCGCUAAGGAAGAUACUAGCAGCGACGAUACAUCGACAUUCAGUGCUGAGGAGGUGCCUUCUACGGCCAAAGUCACACAGCAACAAGCGUCAUUUCCGCCAGCUCAGUUUGUGGAUUGCUUUGUUGGUCUCACGUCGCCUGAGACUGUACUGAAUGACAGCUUCGAUUCGCAGGAUGGGCUCGUGUUCCAGGACAGCCUUCUUGCAACUCCACCUAUGUCGACAUUGGAUGAUUUGCUAUCGUCGCCUGCUAUGAUCUCUUCGAAUACUGGCUACAUGACACCCACCUCGCCAGCCUCGAUCGACUUCCUCGCUUCUCCCACUCAGGUUGUCUCCAACGCGACGCUCAGUCUCGCGGGAGCAUUUGAGUUUCCGGAGGACUAUACAUAUUUUCAAUAUUCCGCUGGAGGCAGCUUCUCCAGCAUCUCAAAAAUUCUACCAUUAGCAGAACUAUUCCAAUCAGAACCCAUGUCGUCCCAUGUGUAUGAUGCAGCGAUAGCUCUAGCUGCACUUACUCUAUCCAACUCCAAGUCACAGCCUGCCAACGCCAGAUCUAUACGCCGGCACGCGUUCCAUCACAGCGUAAAGGCUAUACAGAGCAUGCAGAAUGAUUUGACACAAACUGGCAAGCUGGGGACAUCGACGUCAUCAAAUGUUCUCCGUGCAGAUGCAGCGCUCUCGCUCUUCGCCACGACCAUGUUAGCGGCCAAUUUCGAGCUCCAGCGGAACUCCGUCUUGCACUGGUACUCGCAAAUGCGAGGCGCCGCAUUGUGUCUCAGUGCUACAUAUACGGAGCUGAUGAAGAAAAAUACGGGGAUGUUGCUGAUCCGUGCAUUUUCACGGAUGGCGCUCUUACUCCGUUUGUAUAAUGAGGAGUAUUCCGUGACGACGCCAGCUUUCAUGCCGGAGCAUCUCUCAAACUGGCUGAACAAACUCCUCCGCGAGUCAUCCAACUUGCACGACCGAAUCCUCCUCUUCGUCGAAGAAGUCACAGCCCUUGAGAUACAAAAGCGCCAACACCCAGCCCUCGAAACCGCCUGGGCCGUCAAAAGUGCAGACCUUCUCCACCGACUUGAACAAUGGCGAGCCGACCUCCCCCCAUCCGAAAUCCCCGUCGACGACCACACCGGCGCCUUCCUAACUAUAUCCUCCUCCACCACCGCCAACUCAUCAACCCUGAUCCGCAUCCCCGCUCUCUACUUCCCCAAUUCCCCAGACCCCUGUAUUGCUGCCGUGAACUACGCCUCCUACCUCUGCACCCGCAUGCGCGCCCGCACCCGCUACCUACACAACCCGCACCAUCCCCCCAACUUCCUAGACCGCAUCCUGCCCCCCGAAACCGAGCAAACAGCCCUCACAAUCUGCCGCAUCGCAGCAUCCAAAUCACCCUCCCACUUUGCCGACUCCUUUACCUACAGCUAUGGCAUGCUCCCUUCCGUCGUCGGCGCUUACCGCUGGUCCAGCAACCACGGUCUCCGCGCGUGGGCGAAGAACUGGCUUAUGGGAUUCCGGACGAUUAGGGAGGGAAUUUGGGAUGUAUCGCGUACACUGAGGUUGAUUAAGAUGAUGGAUGAGCAGGGCAAUGGUCAGGGACGGGGGAAUGGGCAGGCGUUUGUGGCGAUCAGGGCGAUUGAUGAGCCAGUUGAUCCGUCGCCGGAGGCGGAGGAGGGGGAUAGAGAGGGGCCGUUUAGGGUUGUGUUGAGUACGAGGGGGGUGGAGGGGGCAAGGUCGAAUGUUAUUAUGGUUAAUUAG